AUCAUGAAUGAUGACUGGUGUAAAGGAAAAUUGUCUUUGCAUGGCUUCAUCCGCCCUUAAAUACACAUUGAUUCGUUCAAUAAAGCAACAAAAUUAAGAGUAACAGUGAGUGGUUUUACCAAAUUUCUGCAACAAUUCUCCCAACAACUUUCCCCUGUUCCUCUCGCAUACAUACGAGACAAGUCCACACACACGGAGAGUAUGUGAGAGGAAUCAAAAACCGCGACGAUUUCAAGGAUACUUCCUUCAAGGUCCGGAUUUUAAAAGGGUACUUGGUUCUUGACUGGUUUGGUUUGAUUUUUGAAGUUCAAGUUGGGGAGGCAUUCAUGGUCGACGGAGCGAAGAAAGAGUACCCAUCGCUUCCACCAGACUACGUUUCGUUAGCCCAACUCCAAGAGCGAUGGAUCCAAAGGCAACAGGAAAAGAAGCUGAAAGAUAAACUAGAAGAGAAGGAAAAAGACAGAGAAGCGAGGACCCAGAAAAAAGAAGACCCAUCGCUUCCACCAGACUACGUUUCGUUAGCCCAACUCCAAGAGCGAUGGAUCCAAAGGCAACAAGAGAAGGAGCUGAAAGAUAAACUAGAAGAGGAGAAAAAGGAAAGAGAAUCGGGGACCCAGAAGCGGGAUCAGGAUCAGAGAGGGGUGGAGAAUGAUAGGCGUGGAAAAAUGGGGGAUGGGUCUCUAAGAGAUGUGCGUUGGAGAAGAGUGGAAAAAGAUGGGCGGGAGAUGGGCGUGGCCGAAGUGAAAGGAACGGGGAAGGAGAUAGAACUUGGUGGUUUUGACAGCCUAGAGGAAAGGACGAAGAAAAAUAAGGAGGAAAAGAGGAAUUUCGAGAAAAAGAAAUCUGCAGUCGAUGGGGAAAUGGGAAAGACUGAGGGAGAUGGGUGUCCAGAAGUGGAGAUAAUUCCCAGAAAUGAGGUGAAGGUGGGAAUUCCCGGGGUUUUGCGUGGGGAAAGCAGUAGAAGAGAUGAGGGUUAUGGUGAGUUGAAAGGAAUUCAGGAAAGAAUGAGUGUGUCGAAAAUGGAUGUUAUGCCCAGAAAUAGAGUGAGGGAGGAGAUUCCCAAUGUGAAAAAACUGGCGUCUAGAAGUGGGCUAAGGAGAAAUGGUGAUGACAGGGGAUUUGGUUAUACGAGUAAAAAAGAGUAUAGAGUUAAACUUGAUGGGACUGGAGUAAAAUUGGCUUCGGAAAAGAAAAUGGAGGGUGAAAAAGAGUAUGAUAAGAAGGGAAGAGGGAGGAGAAAUGGUGGCAAUGUGGAGACUUAUUAUCAGUUGAAGGAAAGUAGAGCUGGUGUGAAUUGUAAUGAAGUGGAACUGGAAUCAGAAAAUAAGGCAGAGGAUGAGAGUUUAGAAGUUUGUGGUGAAACAGGUGGUCUGAACGGAAGAAAUGGAAAUGGAUUCUUGGGGCAAAACAACAACCUGAGAAGCAAGAUUGGAGAGCAAAGAGUUGCAGGGGAAGGCUUGAAUGAUAAUAGGUUAGAAUCUGGGAACAAGGUUGAAGGUGAGCUUCUAGAUGUGGAGAGUGCCAAAAAUGGUGAAAACAGAAGAGGCCAAAAUGGAUCUGAGAGAUAUGGGAACUGGAGGGGGAACACUGGACGAAAGAUUGGGGUUUCAGCUUUUAUUGAUUGGAAAGCAGAUAAUGUGAGAUCAAGGGUGAAAGCGACCAGGAGCUACGCGAACUCAGGAAGAUAUAAGGAUAGCUGGAAAACAAAACCGAGAGAGAGUCGUAUGAUGUGGGUGAGAAAGGAAGAGAAGUUGGGUACAGAUGCUGCUGAAGUUGGCUCCUCUGGAAUUUCAGCGGAUCAGGAGUAACUAUAGCCCACAACAAGAAGGCUUUCUGGAUUUUUGUAAUGUCUAUCAAGAUGACGGCUUUUGCUGAAAGCCUCACUUCUGUUGUUUCUCACCAUGGUAACGGAUAAAAUAUGAUCUUUAUACUGCUAUUCUCCACUUGUAACGAGGUUUUAUCCGGGACUAACAUAUCUCAUAGUUCUGUCUGUUCACUAUUCUCUAUAUACUUUAGAAAUAUAAAAUAUAUGCCGAACAUGUUUUUUGUGCUCA